AUGACUGCCAGACUUUCGGUUCUUCAAGGCCAACUUGGUCACCUGACAGGCGUUGAUGAACGCUCUCAAGCAGGAGGAACUGGCUUUGUUGAAGCCCGUGCUGCUGGAGGAUUUAUGCCUGGGUUUGGAAGACAGGUGGGUGGGGUGCAGGUGACUCCAAGCAGGGAUGGGCCUGUAGCAGCUGAGCCAAAGACACCAGCAACAGCAGGAUCACCACCAGUUACCCCAGCUUCUCAAAUCAUUCCCAGCUUCAGCAACAUGAGCCUAGAAGAAGCAGAGACAAAAGAGGAUGACAAAAAAACAUUGAACUACCUACUACGUGCUCCAACCCUUCGCCUUGAUGACACGCAUGUCGACCCAACUCAGAAGGACAAUGACACAGAAGCAGCUACGCAGAAAGACAUGGCUGAUGUUCAAUCUGUCAACUCGACCCCAUACCAACCUGACAAUCAACUUGGUUUGUCAGACGCUGAAAGUCCAUGGCCAAAAGACUCAGAAUGCCCUGAACCUCCACCUGACAAAACCAAAAUCUCUGUGCCUCCUUCCCUGUCCCUGGCAGCAAGCCCCAGUGUGGCUGCUUCCCCAGCAGCAAGCCCGAGCAGCAACGCAGCUGAUUCCAGCAUGGGGGAUGGGGCCACACAGCUGCAAAGCCAAGGGAGUGGGGGAGAGACACAGCUGCAAAGCCAAGGGAGUGGGGGAGGGACACAGCUGCAAAGCCAAGGGAGUGGGGGAGGGACACAGCUGCAAAGCCAAGGGAGUGGGGGAGGGAGCGCAAAGAAGAAUAAGUACAGUGAUGGCACGUACUGGAAGCUUCUAGAAAGCAUUUAA